GAAAAUAAUUUUUUAGUUAGUUUGUUGAGGUUGCCCCCGCCUCUAUACUCUCUCUCUCCUCUCUACUUUUUCCUUCCUUUUCUCGUCAUUCUCGACUUUAUUUAUUUUUACAUUUACUAUAUUUUUGAAUGUUCCCUUUUCCUUCAUUUUUUCGGCCACUCAUAUUUGACCAAUACCACAUUUUGCCAAUAAGGCUAAAAACUUACAUUUUGUCAACAAGUUUGUUGACAAAAUGCGAGAUUUUAGCCUUAUUGGCGAAAUGUCGUUUUGGCAAAAUAUGGUGUCCGUUCCAUUUUUCUCCUAUAUUUUUCCUCUUGUUUUUCCUCCUCUUUAAAUAUUUUUCCCAGGUUAUUUUGUUGAUUGUUGUUAUUUUCUGAUCUUUGCACCACCUCCCCCUUAUAGAAAGCAAAAGCAAAAAAUAUUACUUGUG